CUCACCCUCUAAACCUAACUGAUCCCUCAAUACAUUGGUGAAAUUUCAAAUAUGGGGUUUGAGCAAAAGCAAUCCCAAAAAUCCCACAAUCUCCAUUUUCAACUCAAACAUGUCUUCCAUUUUCUCUUCUUCCUUAUUGGAUUUUCCCUUGGAAUCAUCCUUUGCUUAUACUUCAAAAGUAGCUUCUUUCUCAUUAAUCCAACCCCUAAUUCUUCUUCUUCCUUCUCCGCUCCCCCACCAUCGUCUUUGUUCGAAACCGUUAGCUCUCCACCACCGCAACCAUUGCCUGAUGAUCAGCCUCACCCUCACCCUCAUCCUCUUCUAGUUUUAUCAAACCCGAGAAAUAAUGGGAGCUCCUCCUCCAAUUCUUCAAAGCUUGUUGUUUCCCUUGAAGAACACAAGUCAUUGGUUCAUAACAUGAAUGAUGAGGAGCUGUUUUGGACAGCCAGCAUGGUUCCAAGGAUUGUGGAGAGUAAUUACAAGACAGUUCCAAAAAAGGUGGCUUUCAUGUUUUUGACAUCUGGACCUUUGCCAUUGGCAACUCUUUGGGAAAAGUUUUUUGAAGGCAACAAUGGGUUAUACUCCAUUUAUGUUCAUUCACAUCCUUCUUAUGUUGAUGAAAUCCCUCAAACUUCUGUUUUCUAUGGUAGAAGGAUCCCUAGUCAGGCUGUGUAUUGGGGGACAGCAAGCAUGAUUGAUGCUGAGAGACGCCUUCUAGCAAAUGCUCUUUUAGACUUGUCAAACCAUAGAUUUGUUCUUCUCUCAGACUCUUGCAUCCCAUUGUUCAACUUCAACACCAUUUACAAUCAUCUCAUUACCUCAAAACUAAGCUUUAUCAGCUCAUUCUACGACCCGAGAAAGUCUUGUGGAGGCCGUUACAACCCCCAAAUGUCGCCACAGAUAAACAUCACCAAUUGGCGAAAGGGUUCCCAAUGGUUCGAGGUACAUCGAGAGCUUGCUCUUCGCAUUGUCUCAGACACAAAGUACUAUCCGAUAUUUAAGAACUAUUGCCUCCCACCUUGCUAUAUGGAUGAGCAUUACAUACCAACUUUGGUGCAUAUGUUGCAGCCUGAACUGAAUUCUAAUAGGAGCAUCACUUGGGUUGAUUGGUCUAGGGGAGGCCCUCAUCCAAGUAAGUUCGGAUGGAAGGAUAUUGGUGAUGAGUUCUUGAAUAAGAUAAGGUUUGAAUCAACAUGUAAUAAUGAGACUUAUGAUCAAAACUAUUCCACUUCUUCCAUUUGUUUCCUUUUUGCUAGAAAAUUUUUGCCAAAUACUUUGGAGCCUUUGUUGAGGGUCGCUCCUCUGUUGCUUGGUAUUGAUCCAUAGGAAAAAAAAUGUGCUUGUAAAAUGAAUAUAUUACUCCAUUUCUGAAUUCAAAUUUAAAUUUAAUUAA